ACUCGACUCGACUCCAGUCACUAUCGAGUCGAGCGAAAUGUCGUAUUACGGUAGUCGAGUGAAACAGCUGAGUCACGAACCUUCAAGCACUCGACUCAAUCGAGCUACUCGACUGAAAUUCGACUCGACUCGACUACUGUAAUUCUGUAAUACCAAAAUGGCUCACUCGAGUAAAAUGACUCGUGACUCGUCUUCUGUUAUAGGGCCCUAAGAUUUGAACAUACGCAUACGAAACCUUAUCCAUGAUUUUUUUUUAAUUUUUAGGAAGUAUUAUUGCAAAAUAUUUCAAACUUUGCAUGAAAGUUUUGCUGCCAAAUCUCAAACUGAUGCUAUCUAUCUAUAAUGAUCUGUCCGCUGCAUUCGACAAGGGGAACCAUGAAAUUGCCAUCGGUAAACUGCAACGCUUAGGGUUCUGUCUGUGGUACUCGACUUGGCUUGUACCGCAGUUACUUAACUGGUCGUAAAUUGAUUGUUCGAACGGGUGACACCUUUUCCAGGCAGUUCCCUGCCUCCUCCCCAAGGUAGCCGUCUAGGACCGAUUAUUUUCCUAUUUUUUUUUUUCAACGACAUGUUGUCACUUCUCGACGGCCCCAAACUUACUACUAGAACGGUGUCGAUCAGCUCGAGGCUAUUCAGCGGCGAUUCUUGCGAUACGCCUAUAGUCAAAUAGCCCAAUAAUUGAGGCCCUCAAGAAAUAAAAAUAACAAUUCUAGUUUUAAGGGAUUAACUAUUUUUUCCAAAAAAAAAACAGGCGAUCUAAAGUAGACAGGACAUGUUAAUUUGUUUGUUUCUGUAAUCCGAACUGACGAAGUAUUUUAACACAUUAUUUUAAACACUGUGUUCUAACAACUUCAAUAGUUAAAUAGAAAUCGAGUGACUAAAUUUUUUUUUCUAUUCGUAUCAACCUUUUAAGUCAAAUGGCAUUAAAUGCGUGUUUGUUUUAUUUAGUUAUGAAAAUGCACCUAUUAGCAAUUCGGAAAAAACCGAUUUCACAUCCGUCGAAACGUCUACUGCUGCUGCUGCCACAUUGAGUGAAGUCCGAUCGGUGGUCAAGGUCGCUGAAUUAUUCAUUUUUUUCAUCUGAACGAAAUUUGGACUCCGCACUUGAUAUCUUUUGAAUUGACUUAUUGGGGUGGUCACAAUGCGUAAUGUUUAGUGUCGCUUAGUACCCGGUUUGGUGCAGUGUUGUGUGUUUUUCUAUAGUGCAAUCGCAGCAAUGCUACAAGAAUACUGGAACGUUCUGUUGGAACGUACCAAUCACAAUUAUUUCAACAUCCUAGUAUUUGGAUCCACUAUCUAUUCCACACUUAUCGUAACAGUUGUUUCCAGCCUUUUCCUGUUUAUGGAUAUAACCAACAGGCCAAAAUGGAUGAGAAAGUACAAAAUGCAACCCGGAACCAACGAACCUUUGACGAUACCUCAAUUAACUAAGCUGCUUAAAACAGCUUACUUCAAUUUGAUCGUGGUUGGAAUUCCAUCGGUGGCCGCGUUUUACUGGAUAGGUAUUGUGAUGGGUCGAAAUCCUGCUGACCAGAUGGACCAACUACCAUCCGUGGGUGAUGUAGUCCAGGCAAUGGGCGUUUUUGCUCUGACGUACGAGGUGAUGUUCUACUACAGUCACCGGCUGCUGCACAGCAGAUGGUUCUACAAAUCGAUCCACAAACAGCACCACGAGUGGACCGCACCGGUUGCACUGGCCGCGAUUUAUGCUCACCCAUUCGAGCACCUGGUCAGCAAUUUGAUGCCGAUGAUGGUGGCUGUCAACUUGACCAGGUGUCACGUGGUAACGCUGUGGGUUUGGGUCACCAUUGCGUUGAUAAGCACCCUUCACGACCACUCCGGAUAUCAUCUGCCCUGGCUUGGAGCACCGGAAGCUCACGAUAUACAUCAUCAACAGUUUAACCAAUGCUACGGUGUCCUUGGAUUGCUCGAUUGGCUGCACGGAACCGACCACCAAUUUCGCAAGUCUCGUGCCUUUGACCGGCACCGAAGACUCUACACGCUCCAAUCCGCCCGGGAGCUCUACCCGGACCAGGAAAAAAGGGACUGAGAAAUGUCUGUCCGUCCUGGAAAGAUAUCAUUAUUGCUUUUUCGGCGAUGAGAACGAACCCGACUGAUUAAAAAUAAAUUCU